CCCAUCUUCUAUAAAUAAGCUACUGCGAGUCAGCCACUCCAUACUAUCCAGAGUGAACUGUGUACGGCAGCGGUGAGCUGCACAUGAUUGCUGAGGUUCAUUCCCGGUCUCACUACAACGGGAAAGUAAUGGACGCAAGCCAACAAAAAGUGGACGUCAAUAUUUUAUUAGUUGGAGCUGAAAAUGUCGGGAAAACCGCGUUAACGGUGCGAUUUAUCACCAGAAGGUUCAUCGGUGAAUAUGGCGAUAUAGAUUGGAUCUACUAUCAUAGUGACAGAAUUGAUGGACGGGAAAUUUCUUUCAAUAUCUGGGAUUCGAUAUAUGCACGGAGCCCGGGGGCAUCUGGACUCAUCACCGAGAAGCAGCUACAGUGGGCGGAUGGUUUCAUUUUGGUCUACAGCAUUUGUGAUCGUUCCAGCUUCAACGUGGUGCGCCAGCAGCUGCAACACAUCAGGCACUGCAAGAGUAAGAUACCAGGGACCGUACCUGUAAUAAUCGUCGGCAACAAGCGCGAUCUGCAGCAUCGGCGCACAGUUUCCAGCGAAGAGGGUAGACUGCUCGCCCUUUCCGUGGGGUGCGUCUUUUUUGAGAUCUCCGCCGCCGAGACGUACCACGGCGCUCUUCUGGUCUUCCACGAACUGCUGGAUCUGAUCCGCGAGGCGCGUGCCAUUAAAAAGGGGACGCAUGGGAUCAAGGGCAUCGUCAGGACCAUGUCUGCUGUCUUUGGACGGAGAAGAACUGAAUAAUUUUUUUUAGGAUUUCGACUUAAUGCUGGUUUUAUUAGCUAUAAGGUUGCGACUUUUAUCUGUUAUCAGUCCAUAUGACAUGUGAGUGGAAUCCUGGUUUUUCAGAUUCGGUUAAUUUUACUCCUUUCGUGGAACAGAAGCAACUAAUUACGUUUUAUGCCAGGCUGAUAAAUGAUUCACCUCUAUCUCUGGCAUAAUCUCGUUACGCCACAGUUAUCUUUUCAGCAAGAAGCUGGAUGACUUGGUAAUAAUAUGUAUAGCUUUCCCGGGCAACAUCGCCUUAGUAGACAGGAUUUUUCCUACCUGUACUUCAGUUUAAUUCUGCCUUUUACCUGUUUCAGUUGUAGCCUCAUUUCCAUUGUUGUGCAGGCAGCAUUUUGUAAGGUAACUACUGUGUAGUGUUUGUCAUUAGACAGGGUAUAUAUAAUUUUAUACUGAAGAUUAAGUGCUGCACAAAAUUGGACUGAAUUUUCAGUGUCUGGCAAAAAAUGUGUUGAAUACAUUAAUGUGUGUGUGUGGGGGGUCUUAAUAAAAGCCAUAAAUGUGAAUAGUAGGCUGUUUCAGAUGCUGCAUUCCAUCUGCAGCACAGACUAGCUGGGUUUUGUGCCUUAAUACUUGGUUGUGUACCAUAAUUUUGUAUGUGUACAUAUUACUGAACUAAAUUAUCAAAUGUAUUUUUAAAAUAAAGCCUAAUUUAAGUCUAAAAUCCCUGCUCUUGAUGUAUGUGACACUAAACAUUUUCACACUAUUGACUACACUACACUAUUGACUCUAACAUUCUGUUGAAUGUAUGGGGAACCUUGAAGCUAUUGCAUAAAAGAAACUGAUCCUUUCCUCCCAUUUCC